AUGCAUCGCAACCUGGGCCAGGUGCUAGGGGCGCUGCCGCCGACCACGCGCGUAUUUUGUGGCCACGAGUACACCCUCCAGAACCUGAGCAUUGCAUUGUUUGUCGAACCAGACAACGUGGCUGUGCAAACCAAGGAGGGCGAAGGGCUGCCCACGGUGUCGUCCACGCUGGCCGACGAAGUGGCGACCAAACUGUUCAUGCGCAUCAAUGAACCGACAGUUGCCAAUCAUGCACCCCGAGGGUCGCGGCUGGCAGACGUUAUGACGCACCUGCGUCAGAUGAAGGACGACAACGUCCACCACGUCGCCGCAGCGCGCGUGAACGCGCUGCUGCUGGAAACGUCGAGCAAGGCCACGUCCGCCACCCAGGGCGACACUUGGCGAUGA